GACUAUACACGAACAUUCUUGUGAAACCAAUCCUUCUUCUUGCAAGUUGGCUCCGUGGUGCUGCUAGAGACAAAAUGUAUGCUUUGUUAGUUCUUUGCAUGCUGGUCGUUGCUGCAGCGGCGCAGUCGACAACAGUACCUACAUCAAACAUCAUCGACCACCUGACUACACGACGCCUCACCACCCUCCUGAAUCUUAUUCAGCAAGCAGGGCUUACUGAUACCCUUAAAGGACCUGGACCAUUCACCCUGUUUUCCCCCGACGUGACCUCUCUGGGCAAUUUGGAUGCAACUGACCCGGCAAAAGUGACCGCCCUUAUCAAAUACCACGUGGCCAAUGGUCAAUACCGACGAGCUGAUCUGUACAAUGAGGAGAGUCUCACUUCCCUCCUGCCCAACCAAAGCAUCAGGGUCAACCACUAUGUCAGUAAAGGGAUCGUAACCCUGGAGGGGAAGGACAUUCGAUCAUCUGAGCAAGAGUUGAGUAAUGGAGUUAUUCACUUCAUCAAGGGCGUGAUGAUGCCACCGGCGGGGACCGUACUGGACGUCGUCUCAAAAGACGGAAAUCUUACCACACUCGCUUCAGCUAUUAAGACUGCGAUGCUAGACAAUUUCUUUCAAGAUCAAAAGCCCAUCACCCUCUUUGCUCCAACUGACGAUGCCUUCAACAAACUCGGAAGUGCAACUGUACAAGGCCUUAUCGCCGACCCUACACUUUUGAAAAGCGUUCUGCAGUACCACGUGGUCCCAGGGACGAUCUACAGGGCAGCGUACCACACCAGCUACCUGCACACCUUUGAGGAGGCCGACCAGAUUAGACUACAUAGAUUCCUCUUUUUUGGGUACGAGGCUGACGAUGGCGGUAUGGUGGACGAUGAGGUGAGUGCCACCAAUGGGGUUGUCCAGAAGAUUGACGCUGUUCUCAUCCCCAGCUCGCUGUCUGACCAGGUCAAGGCUUUGACCGCUGGAGCAGCGACAGCAGCUUAAAUACAUUGUAAUUGAGAUUGAUUAAAUCAAACAUCAUA